CGGACGUAUAAAACCAAUAGGGUUUCCACUUCCUUCUCUCCCUUCGAAAACCUUCACCCUCCUCGGUCGCUUCCGCUGCAGCGCGCGCUCUCCGCCGUCUGGGAUCUCAGGCUGCAGUUUAUUGAUUUUUCGCGAUGGUGAAGGUUAGCGUUUUGAAUGACGCUCUUAAGAGCAUGUAUAAUGCUGAAAAGCGGGGGAAGAGACAGGUCAUGAUCAGGCCCUCGUCGAAAGUGAUCAUCAAGUUUCUUCUGGUGAUGCAGAAGCAUGGUUACAUUGGAGAGUUUGAGUAUGUCGAUGACCACAGGUCUGGCAAAAUUGUGGUUGAACUCAAUGGAAGGCUAAACAAGUGCGGAGUUAUCAGUCCCCGUUUUGAUAUUGGUGUCAAGGAGAUCGAAGGCUGGACCGCUAGGUUGCUGCCCUCUAGACAGUUUGGUUACAUUGUGCUAACAACUUCAGCUGGCAUCAUGGAUCAUGAGGAGGCUAGGAGGAAGAAUGUCGGUGGAAAAGUACUUGGUUUCUUUUACUAGGCGGAGUUAGUUUUGCUGAUGGGUCCCUAAUAUUUCUAUCUAUGAGGAUUUUGUCGUGUAUUUUUAACUGGUUUUCCAUACGGUUCACCUUAUUGGGUUUUCAUUUUUCGUUCAAUGGAGCUUUUGAUAUUUCAUUCUGCCUCUAUCCUCUACUGCUAUAUAUGCAGUUGAAAAGAUAUACAUGUUUGCUUUUAAAUUAUGGAUGUUCUGGUGAUUGUCUAA